CCACAACCUACAGCAGGUACUUCUACAGCAGGUGGAAGUGAUCCGGCACAUCAAGAAGAAGCUGCUCCACAUCAAGAAGAAGGUAGAAAUGCUGCUACAACAAAAAUUGCGGACCACGAAGACGAAGAGGAGGACGAGGAUGUAGACCACGUGUAUUUCGCGUCCUUAGAGGAGACGUGGCAGCACGCUCAGG